GGUGUCGUCAGUCGUGUCGCGUGGCGUGGCGUGGCGUGGAGUGGCGGCGGCGGGUUGUUUGGUACAGUCGCAUGUAAUCCAAGAUGGCAUCCGCGGAGCAGGUCGGCCUCAACAAAACAUGGGAGUUAUCGCUCUACGAGCUGCACCGCACCCCACAGGACGCGAUCACCGACAACACGGAGAUCGCGGUCAGUCCGCGGAGUCUGCACAGCGAGCUCAUGUGCCCGAUUUGCCUGGAUAUGCUGAAAAAGACCAUGACCACCAAGGAGUGCCUCCACCGUUUCUGCUCGGACUGUAUUAUCACAGCGUUACGAAGCGGUAACAAAGAAUGUCCUACAUGCAGGAAGAAAUUGGUUUCCAAAAGAUCUCUCAGACCAGAUCCAAAUUUUGAUUUGCUAAUCUCAAAGAUCUAUCCAAGUAGAGACGAAUAUGAGGCUCACCAGGAACGAGUUUUGGCUAAGUUGAAUAAGUCGCAUUCGCAAGCAGCACUUGUUAACUCUAUUACGGAGGGCAUUAAGCUACAGAGUCAGAAUCGUCCACAGCGUUCCAGAAAGAAUGCCAAUGAAUCUGAAAAUGCAAGCAAUGCAACAUCUUACAAUAAUACUCCAAAUAUUAGCGCACCUACGACACCUAAUCCAUCUUCAAAUGUAGCAAAUCAAAGUGAUUCCUCUCAAAGCGCGACAGGACCUUUGAAUAGUGGAGGAACAACAUCUAGAAACUCUACCACACCGUCGCCAAAUCCUGCAAAUCAAAUCCCAAAACCGUCGAAACGACAGAAAAGUCUUCAAAAUUCUGAGAAUGAUUCCUCUAGUGCAGAAGCUGAGACGGGUGGUGGUGAUUCUAUGGUUGAUACCGAAGGUGAAGGUCCUAGCGAACCUUUGAUGCUUAAUGAAAUUGAACUUGUUUUUAAACCACACCCUACAGAGAUGGCAGGUGAUAAUUCUUUAAUAAAAGCAUUGAAGGAGAAUAGUAUUCGUUAUAUAAAAACAACAGCAAAUGCCACAGUGGACCACUUGAGUAAAUAUUUGGCAAUGCGUUUAACGUUAGAUUUGGACACUGAACUAUCUGAAUCAGAUAGGCUAUUAAAUUUCUGUAUUUAUAUCGCACCUUCUCCUGGGCAGCUUGUAGUACUAAGCGGCUCACAAACGUUACGACAAGUGAACGAUAAGUUCUGGCGUGUCAAUCGACCCUUGGAAAUGUAUUAUUCAUGGAAGAAGACCUAGGGAAGGCCUCAAAAGUAUCAAUCGGACGGGAGCUAAUUGCACCGUGCUUAUAAGAAUGAGUUAUCAUUCAUAUUAUAAGGAAUACAGUAGAAUGCAUCGAGUGUAAAGUGUAUGUAUCAUUGUUGUAUUAUACUGUAUUUCCAUGUUUUUGGUUUGACGAUAAGAAAAUAUUCAUAGUCAUCAACAUGGUGCAAUUUUUACAUAUUUAAAGCCAGUUGUCAGAAAUGGUUUUGUUAAUAAGAAUUGAACAGGACAAAUAAAACUAUAAAACUAAUUUAAGCGGCAUUGUACAUUCUACCGUUGCAUCGUUGGAUAGUAGUUGUAUGCAACAACUAUAUCUGAUAGGCAAACUCUGAUAGGCAAUUUUUAUAAGCAUCUUUUUUUUUAUUUAUAUGCCAUUUAGAUCUUCAAAAAUUCACAUAUAAUUUAUUAAUCUUAAUAAAAGAUUUAAUUUUUGAUAUUUAUUAUAUUACAUUUACAUAUAAUUUGUUAAUAAAAUAAAAUUAAAUUUAUUGAGCUGACUACAUUUGGCAACAAAUCAAAUUAAUACUAAUUACUAGUUAAUAUUUGAUUUGUAUUCCUGCAAAUGGCUUCUAUGUACAAUCUGAAUGUAUGAUGGCCGUUUAAAUUUAAAUUAAACUAUAACAGCUGACAAAUGUACAUGCAAAUGAAACUAUAAACAGAAUUGCAAUUACCAUUUCAUAUAAAGGAUCUACACAAGUUUUAUGUACGUUUAAAAAGGGUAUAUAUGUUAUAUUCACAUAUAUUCAUACAUGUUAUUCUAUCAUUCGAUGAUCGUAAUAGUCAUUAAUUUAUUUAAAUGAUUCUCUCGUGGACCAUACUGUAUAGUUUACAGGAAAAGAAUAUAUCUAUGUAUAUAUAAAGAUCUA